AUGAGAAGAUUUGGUUCAAAAUUUUAUGACAAACCAUUAUCCAAUUGUAAGCACAUUCGUCUCUAUACGGACGAAUAUUGGAAUUGUGCAAUAAGGCAAUACACCAUGACCAUUUAUCAUAUGAGCUGCACCGCCAAGAUGGGUCCGUCCGAUGAUCCAAUGGCGGUUGUAAAUCCAGAGUUGAAAGUUUACGGAGUCGACGGCUUACGGGUGAUUGACGCAUCUAUCAUGCCGACCAUCACGAGUGGUAAUAUAAACGCGCCUGUCAUUAUGAUCGGUGAGAAGGGCGCUGAUAUGAUAAAGGCAAGGUGGAUGCAACCAUCUUAUUUCAGGAGCGACAAUAUUACCGCCCCUGCCUCUUGA